AUGAUGACUGUAAAAUUACAAAAUUACUUCCUUACAUUAUUUAUCAAGUUUACAAUUUCUAGUGCCAUAAGCAUAUUAUCUGGGAGAAAUAUUCUUGAUGAUGACAAUGAAGAUGAACUGUUACCUAUGCCAGAUACGCCUGAUACAAUCGAUCCAAUAAUAAGUGAUCCUGAUGCUGAUCUUAAUCCUGUUACAGAAGAAAUGUUUUCUUCAUGGGCUCUAUUUAUUAUGUUGUUUUUACUAAUAUCAGCCCUAUGGUCUAGUUAUUAUUUGACACAAAGAAAAAUUAGAGCAGUUCAUGAAACAGUUUUAUCUAUCUUUUAUGGGAUGGUGGUUGGUCUCAUUAUUAGAAUGACACCAGGCCACUAUAUUCAGGAUAUUGUCACUUUCAAUUCCUCUUAUUUUUUUAAUGUUUUAUUACCACCUAUUAUUUUAAACUCAGGUUAUGAACUGAAUCAAGUUAAUUUUUUCAGUAAUAUUGUAUCUAUACUCACAUUUGCUAUACCAGGUACAUUUAUAUCUGCAAUGGUUCUGGGUAUCAUAAUAUAUAUAUGGACUGCAUUAGGAUUAGAGAGUGUAAACAUCACUUUGGUCGAUGCAUUAUCUGUAGGUGCUACAUUAUCUGCGACUGAUCCUGUUACCAUUUUGUCCAUUUUUAACGCUUACAAAGUAGACCCUAAACUAUACACAAUUAUAUUUGGAGAAUCUUUAUUAAAUGAUGCCAUCUCCAUUGUUAUGUUUGAGACCUGUCAAAAGUUCCGUGACCAGCCUGCAGGAAUAUCCUCGUUUUUUGCUGGUGUCGGAUUAUUUUUGAUAACUUUCACUGUAUCUUUGAUGAUUGGUGUAUUUAUUGGGGUUUUGAUAGCUUUAAUUUUAAAACAUUCAAAAGUAAGAAGAUACCCACAAAUUGAAAGUUGUAUUAUUCUCUUAAUUGCCUAUGAGUCCUAUUUCUUUUCCAAUGGUUGUCACAUGUCAGGCAUUGUAUCAUUAUUGUUCUGUGGUAUUACAUUAAAGCAUUAUGCCUAUUACAAUAUGUCAAGAAGAACACAGAUUACUAUUAGAUAUAUCUUCCAAGUGUUAGCAAGAUUAUCAGAAAAUUUUAUCUUUAUUUAUCUUGGUUUGGAAUUAUUCACUGAAAUGGAAUUAGUUUAUAAACCACUAUUAAUUAUUGUAACAUCAAUUUCUAUUUGUGUUGCACGCUGGUGUGCAGUUUUUCCAUUGUCUAGAUUCGUUAAUUGGUUGUACAGAAUGAAAACUAUUAGAGCUACCAGAAGAGAGUUAAGAACAAGUCUUGCUAUCCCAGAUGAAAUCCCAUAUAAUUAUCAGAUGAUGACUUUCUGGGCCGGGCUACGUGGUGCCGUCGGCGUUGCUUUGGCACUAGGUAUCCAAGGUGAAUACAAGUUUACUUUUUUGGCCACAGUAUUGGUUGUUGUUGUAUUGACUGUUAUUGUUUUUGGAGGGACUACAGCUAGUAUGUUAGAGAUGAUGAAUAUUAAAACAGGUUGUAUAGAUGAAAAUGAUGAGAGUGAUGACGAAUUUGAUAUUGAGACGACUAGACAAAAUAUACCGUACUACAAUAACAUUAAUAUUGAUAAUAAUCACGGCAAUGAGCGUGGUUUUGUUGAUACUUUCAAUGAUAAUCGGAUAGUAAGACAAUCAUAUUCAGACGAUAAUAUUGAUUCUCCACAGUUUACAGCUACUGAUAAUAGUCUUGCUAAUGAUCAAACAGGUAAUACUUUUAAUAAUUACAGUCAAGAUCCAAUUUUAUUCCCAAGAGAAGUGGAUAAUUUUAAUGUGGAAUCUCAAAUAGAAUUAGAUUCUGCUAAAGGUCAAAGUGGUACUGUCACUCCAAUGAACGGUUCAAGGAUUGAAAGAGAAAAAGAGAAUUUAAAGAAUAAAUUUAAUGGAAUAUUUAAUUCUGACUCUCAAUGGUUCCAAGCACUUGACGAUAAUGUAUUAAAACCAGUGUUCUUAGAUAAUCCUGGAAAUGCACCAAAUCAAAGUAGGUCGAAUACGCCUUCCGUACUUGGAUUUAGAAGAGAUCAACGAUAA